GCUCAGAGACACCUGGAGCCGGGCGCCUACCUGCGCCAGAGGAGGGUCACACACCCGGACUCCCUACAGAGGAGGGGGCGAUUAUUGGGACUAACCUGCGGCCGAGGAGGGAAGGAGGGGGCACAUACCCGGGCACAUACCCGGGCACAUACCCGGGCACAUACCCGGGCACAUACCCGGGCACAUACCCGGGCUACCUACGGAGGAGGGGGCGCUUACCUGCGCUGCCUGAGAGAAGGAGUGCCACUCGUCAGAGUCCGAGUCCCAGCCCUCCUCUUCCUCGUUCCCCCUCUCCUCCUCCAGGAGCCCGGAGAGGUAGAAGUUCGCGAGGAAGGCUGGCAGCUGGACCAGCGACUCGAGCAGCUCUCCGAGCAUGGAGCCAGUCUCGACGUGGAGCGAGGAGCGGGUCAUGCAGUGGCUCCAAGGUCUGGACGCUCCGCUGCAGCUGUAUCCUGUGUCUGAGUGGAAGCUGAGUGGGGUGGACCUGCUGCAGCUGACGUCUCUGGACCUGGAGCGACUCGGGGUUCAUAAGAUGGGUCACCAGGAGCUUCUGCUGGAGGCCGUGGAGAAACUCUGCUCCCUGACGUACGGCCUGAGCGGGGAGAGUCUGCGCAGUCUGACGGAGAAGCUGCGCGCUCUGGCCUGCACGCUGCAGAUGGGCAUCCAGGGCAGGUGGAGGCUCAACAGCUACGACGGACGCGGCGCCACCAAGCUGUCGGUGGGAGAACUGCAGCUGGUGGUGGAGCUGAUCGUUUCCGCCAAAGGCCUUUUCUCUCUGCUCAACAGGUACCAGUUCCAUCAGCUGAGUCAAUAUUCUUCCACUAAAGACAUUUUCACGAGCUGCAGACACUUGGGGGAGAUCGUGCACAACGACAGCACAGUGUUUGAGAAGGAGAAGGACAUCAUCUCUGUGUGCCGUCAGCUGGUGUCUCUGUGCGACGACAUCCUCCAGUCCAGUUCCGAGCGUCUUCUCUCUCACACGGCGGAGCUCGAGAGCGUCCACCUGGUGCCCGCCGCUCCCGGAGACCCUCUGGGCAUCGAGAUCACGUCAACCAGCUCCACCAACCACUAUGUGACCGGAACUGCUCUAGAGCCGUCUGCUGAUGUCAGUCUGAGGAUCUUGGCCGGAGAUGAAGUCAUUCAAGUCAACGACCAGAUCGUGGUGGGCUGGAGCCGAGCCAACCUGGUGAAGAAGCUCAAAGAAGAUCCGAAUGGAGUCACGCUGGUCCUGAAGAAGGUCCCCGGGUCAAAGAAACUUCAGAACAAAACUCCGGAGCUCAGCGUCUCCUUAGCGCAGGAGGAGGAGGAGGAGGUCAGGUCGGAGCCUUCAGACGAAGAGGAAGACAACCCCAGACAUUCGAUCUUUGAGCGAGUUGCAGCGUCCGUCAGGUCUUUGUCCUUCAGGAGAGCGAUUCAGGGCCCAGAGGGACAGCAGCAGCAGCAGCAGCAGCAGCAGCAGCAGCAGCAGCAGCAGCAGCAGCAGCAGCAGCAGCUCGUGGGGCAGGAGGUGUUGGACUUGUCUUCGCUCAGAGACACUCAGAGGAGCCUGAGCUCGUCUCAGCUGCACCUGUCACCGUCUGCUCAGGUUGAGGAUCGUGAAGGUGCUCGAUCUCCCAGAGGAAGAUCCCCCAGGAGAGCGAGUGGGGAGGAAAGCAGCGGCGGCUCGGAUAUGGUGGGACACACGGGUAACAAAGAUGCAAAGAAGAGUUCCACCAAAGGUAUGACUUCGGCCCUGAGCAGACGCAGAGUUUCGUGUCGGGAGCUGGGCCGUCCCGACUGCGACGGUUGGCUGUGGAAGAAGAGGAGGGACAGCGGAGUCUUCGUCACGCAGAAGUGGCAGAGGUUCUGGUUCAUCCUCAAGGGGCCGGCGCUGUACUGGUACACGACCCGCGAGGACGAAAAGGCCGAAGGCUUCAUCAACAUUUCCAGCUACAACAUUGAAAGCGCCGGCGAACACAAAAGAAAAUAUGUUUUCAAAGUUUGUCACUCACGGUUUCAGAACUUCUUCUUUGCCGCCGACCACGUCAGCGACAUGAGCAAAUGGAUAAAUUGUCUGAUCACAUCGAUCCAGAAGCACAGGAAGCUGCACACAGGCCCCAGCAGUGAAGAAGAGUGUUACAGCGAGACGGAGUCGGAGAGCGAGCGGUCGCCCUCGCCCGGACGAAGGAACAAGCCGAAAAUGAAUUACAACACUUAUCCUCGAAAAAAGGACAAAACCCAAAAGCCGUUACCGAGUCCGACAGCAGGGGGCAGCAAAAACACAGGUCCGGUGGAUGAAAUGGGUCAGAUGUUGAACAACAUAAAGGAGGGCGGCGUGUCUCUGAUGGGGCAGGAUCAGCCCUUCACCCACGACCACUUCAGGAGGUCCUUCAUCAAACGCUGCAAGAACCCGGUGAUCAACGAGAAGGUCCACACGCUCCGGACGCUGCACAGCACGCUCAAGGCUAAAGAGGCCGAACUCCUGCAGAUCAACAAACUCCUGGACGAGUCGGACUUGAGCGCGGCCAAGUAUCGCACGUGGAGGCAGCACAACGAGGAGCUGCUCCACGACAUCGAGAAGCUGGCGUCCCGGAGACCAAACUCGGACGACGCCGCGGAGACGGUCGCCGCGGCAACGACGGAGGAAGAAGAGGAAGCGGAGAAACGGACGGAAGGGGAGGAGACGGCGGCGGCGUCCGACGGGGACGGGAUGAACGCGAGGCACGAGGAGGAGCGGGGAGCGUUCCGGCUGAUGCUCUGCGACGGGGAGCAGCUCGUGGACGCGGAGCCGGAGGAGGAGGAGGCGGCGGCGGCGACGCUCGAGCCGGGUCACGACGGAUCUUCGCCCGUUUCCGCGGAGACGAGUCCCCAGUUUGAACUGAACCUGGGCUCGCUUCAGGAGUCCAUCAACCAGGAGCUGAGCGAGAUGUCCGAGACGGGAGAGACGGAGCAUUACUUUUACAUCUGAGCGUGAAGACGGACGGACUUUAACGGAAAGAGAAAAGUGCCUGGAUUAAAGUUUAAAUAUUUCUGUUUUUACUGGACCUAGAAAAACCACGACAAACUGUGAGCGCAAAUGAACAAGAGUGAAAGGAUCUGUGGAGUGAUUCACCCUAAACCGUGUGUCGUUGGUUCAUUUGUUUUUCAAAAUAAAACCAAAAAUAAGAAAAUGAAAAAAAAAAUAACAAAGAUUUUCUUCAUUAUUUGUUUACAAAACCAAAAUGAAAAAAAAAGAUCAUGAUUUGUUUUUUUCUGUUUUUUAUUUUGGGUUUGAAUGAAAAAUGGAAAAAAUGCAUAAUGGACUGAACCAGGACUAAACCAGGACUAAACCAGGACUAAACCAGGUCUAAACCAGGACUGAACCAGGACUAAACCAGGUCUAAAGGACUGAACCAGGACUGAACCAGGACUAAACCAGGUCUAAACCAGGACUAAACCAGGACUAAACCAGGACUGAACUGAGGACUGAAUCAGGACUAAACCAAGACUAAACCAAGAAUAACCAGGUCUAAACUAGGUCGAAACCAGGUCGAAACCAGGACUGAACCAGGACUAAACCAGGUCUAAACCAGGACUGAACCGAGGACUGAACCGAGGACUGAAUCAGGUCUAAACCAGGACUAAACCAGGACUAAACGAGUCUACCGAUGUAGACUGUAGGGUGAUCAGGACCAGACCAGGACCAGGACCAGGACUGAGACUGGGACUGAGACCGAGACCAGAUCAGGACUGAACCAAGACUGAACCAGGACUGAUCCCAAGACUAAAACAGGACUACACCAGGACUAAACCGGUCAAUCCCAGUCUCAGUCCUGGUCUCAGUCUUGGUCUCAGUCCCGGUCUGGUCCCGAUCUCAGUCCUGGUCUGGUCCCGACCUCAGUCCUGGUCUGGUUCCGGUCUCAGUCCCAGUCUGAGUCCUAGUCUCAGUCCCGGGCUCAGUCCCAGUCUGAACCCAGUCUCAAUCCUGGUUUGGUCCCAGUCUCAAGUCCCAGUCUGGUCUUGGUCGGGUCCAGGUCUCAUUCCCGGUCUGGUCCUGUCUCAGUCUCAGUCUCAAUCCUGGUCCUGGUCCCGGUCUCAGUUCUGGUCUGGUCCUGGUUUCAGACCUGAUCACCCAGCAGUCCACAUGAGCGCAACUCCAGGCCCGUCCUGGCACUUAGUCCUGGUUUAGUCCUGUUUUAGUCCUAUUUUAAUCCUGGUUCAGUCCUGGUUCAGUCCUGGUUCAGUUCUGGUUCAGUCCUGGUUUAGUCCAUUAUGAGAUUUUUCCAUUUUUCAUUUAAACACAAAAUCAAAAACUGAAAAAACAAAUCAUUGUCUGUUUUUUUUUUUUUCAUUUGGUUUUGGAGACAAAUCAUGAAGAAAAUCAUUGUUUUUUUCAUUUUCUUAUUUUUGGUUUUAUUUUGAAAAACAAAUGAUCGAAUGACACACAGAUUGACCUCGACGACAUGAAUCAAACACCAACUGUGUUUAAGUUUAAAGUUCGUACUCGUCCCUCUGGGGUUUGUUCUUUGAGCUUUAAAAUCAACCAUCACGAAAAAAGAUAAAAAUAAAAAACAUUUAUAUCGACGAUGAAACGACGACAACGACAACAAACUGAUAUUUUAAACAUUUUGGGGAUUUGCCCAGUGAUGUAUAAUGUUUUAAUAUUUUAACAAAUUAUAUUUUUUAAGAAAUGUGCUUAAGCGUUUCUGUAAAGUUUAUAAAAGUCUAGUUCAGUGUUUCCCAGAGUCAAACUUUCAAAAACCUUCAUCCCAAGUCAAUAAACAUAUAUUUGUAAAUCACAAAAUAAAAGUGGAUUAUUGAACAUGAA